ACAUUUCCCAGGAGGCGUCGCGGCCGCGCCGCACCAAGUCCGGCUGCGAAGAUGGCGGCUUCCUAGCGAGUCGGCAGCCCAGUCGGAGGGAGGCUGAGGCUACGGGCAGAAUUCUGGCUUCCCCCAUCCCUGCUUCAUCCAGCCACUCAGGAGCCAUGGAGGUGGCAGAGCCCAGCAGCCCCACCGAGGAAGAAGAGGAGGAGGAGGAGGAAGAGCAGUCAGUGGAGCCAAGGCCCCGUACACGCUCCAACCCUGAGGGGGCUGAGGACCGGGCACUGGGGGCCCAGACCAGUGUGGGAAGCCGAAGUGAGGGUGAGGGUGAGGCGGCCAGUGCGGAUGAUGGGACCCCGAACGCUCUGGGAGCUGGCCCCAAGCCCUGGCAGGUGCCCCCACCAGCCCCUGAGGUCCAGGUGCGGACACCAAGGGUCAACUGUCCAGAGAAGGUGAUCAUCUGCCUGGACCUGUCGGAGGAAAUGUCACUGCCAAAAUUGGAGUCGUUCAACGGCUCCAAAACCAAUGCUCUCAAUGUCUCCCAGAAGAUGAUUGAGAUGUUUGUGCGGACAAAACACAAGAUUGACAAAAGCCAUGAGUUUGCACUGGUGGUGGUGAACGAUGACACCGCCUGGCUGUCUGGACUGACCUCCGACCCCCGUGAGCUCUGCAGCUGCCUCUACGACCUAGAGACGGCCUCCUGCUCCAACUUCAAUAUGGAAGGUCUCUUCAGCCUCAUUCAACAGAAGACGGAGCUGCCAGUCACGGAGAAUGUGCAGACGAUCCCACCCCCAUAUGUGGUCCGUACCAUCCUUGUCUAC